AUGGUGAACUUCAACAUGAACACGAUGACUUCAUUUUCUCAUAUGUUAGGAUCUUCUACGAAGAUUCCUAUGUUGAUUCCAGAGUACUAUGAUCAUUGGGCUAAUCGAAUGGAGGAUUACCUGAAUGGAUUGGACGAGGAACUCUGGAGUUGCAUUUCAGGAACUGCUCAACCUCCAUCGAAUGUUCAAUACAUUGGAUCAUCAGGAUCAACACCUGCUGUUACUGAACAAUCUUCGAUAUUGAAGAACAACGAAAAACGUUGUAUGAGAGAAUUGAGAGGUGCCUUACCACCUGUUGUUUACAAUUAUGUUCGUGUUUGUAAAACUGCAAAUGAUAUUUGUAACACUCUUAAAGAAAAAUUUCAGGGGAGUGAGAAAACAAAGAUCAAUUCAGUCAAGCAAUGCUUCGUUGAGUUGAAGGAAUUCAAGCAGAAAGAUAAUGAAACAAUUGAAAGCUACUAUGAUCGCUUGAAUGAACUUAUCUACAAGUGUAAUCGCUUUGGGAUUACAAGGUCGACAAUGGAGUUCAACCUUACUUUCAUCGUGGGACUUCGAGAAGAAUGGAGAAGUGUUACUUUGAUGGUCAAAACACAAUCAAGUUUUGAUACUUCGUCUUUAAAUAAAUUGUACAAUCUUCUAAAAACCCAUGAAGGAGAGGUGAAUGAGAUGGCAGAAGAGUCAAAACUAAUCUUGGGAGGUCCUUUGGCACUAGUUUCGAAAGUUACCGAGAAAGAGUCGAUUGAAAAAGAUAAUUCAUAUGAAGAAGGAUUUCUUAUGAAUUUAGAUAAUGAGGCGGUUGCUUUUUACUCAAAAAAUCGAGUGAAGAAGUUUUUCAAGAAACCGUUCAAUCCAAAGAUGAAACAAGGUGAUGCUAAAGGAAGUUUCGUUAAUAAGUCAGCUGGUGAGGAGAAGAAAAAGUUUGAGAAAAAUGAAGCAAAGACUGAUGAAUCCAAAGCUGAGACGAAAAUUAAAGGAGAUUCGGGAAUUGAUUGCCACUACUGCCAUGGAGUUAAUCGUAUGGCGAGUGAUUGUAUGCUUCGUAAGAAAGACGUAAAGAAGAAUAAAGUGAAGGACAAAGAUUACUAUGAGGAGCGUUUGGAAGAGGUUCGUGCUAAAGCUAAAGGAAUGUCUUUGGUUGCACGAGGCGAAGGGGAGGAUGAUGGAACUUAUCAAAUCUGGUCAUCUAGAUAA